AUGCGUCGCUUUUUCAGGAUUAAAAAUAAACGAAUUUCGGCUGAACAAAGGAAUCGAACCAGUGUUUGCAAGAACAAGGAAUCCUCAAACGGCAUUCACGUCGAAACUAUCGGUGUUCACAUAUGUCAGUCAGGAGGUGUAUUUGUGACUCACGUCCCAAACAACCUUCUUACUGUGCGUGACUUUCCGGAUUCAGAUGAGCAUGCUCGUACACUGGGACAAUACUUACUGGCCGUCACGGCAUUGCGUGAUCAGGCGGAGGACGUAUUCCUGUAG